AAAUGCAUUUUUACCUUGUGAUCAGUGGUUUAAUCCUUACUGCCAUCACAACAGUGCUUAUUUGAAUGUAAUUAUACACAUUUUAUUCUUAAUUCACUCCAAAUUCCACUUGAAAUACGUGAGUUUGUUUACUGCGAAGCCAUGGCGGGAAAAACUGUUCAACCUUGUACAUCUGGCUACCAAAAAAACAUUGUCAAGCAGAUGACGGAUUAGUGAAUUGUUUAUGACAAAAAUUAGAAGUCUCAAGGUUUGCUUCUACGGACGGUGGCUCGUGUCUAAUGUCUAUCCCCGGUUUCAGGACAUGUUAAAGUGCUUUUUCUGGAAGCCUGAGAGUCGAAGGAAAGCAAUAAGAUGGGCGGUAAGAAAGGCGGGAAGAAGAAAGGAAAGAAGAAAGAUAAAAAGUCUGAGGAGGAUGAGAAACCCAAGGAGGAAAUAUCUGAGCUGGACAAAGCAUAUUACCUCAAUCAAAUUCAGUCUUUGGAAACAAAAGUGAAACGCUCUACCACAAGAUGCCAGCAGCUAGAUGAUGCAGAGAGGCAUGCCAGAGCCCAAUAUGAUAAACUGCAGCAAGAUAAGACGGAUAUCAUCAAGUUUUUAAAAGACAGGCUGACUGCGCGAGGGGAUGAAGUGGAAGAACUGAAAAGCAGGUUGGCAGGACUAGUGAAAGCCAAGCAGGCAGAGAAGGACCAUUAUGAGGAUCGACUUGCCACUUUAGGUCGAGAGGCAGAGAACACUCGUCUGGACCUUAACGACCAGAUCAUAGCACUAACCCGGAAGUUGGAGAGUUUGGAAGAAUUCAGACAGCACAAAGAGGAACUUGAAGCAAAGCUCAAGUUUCUCGAGGAAGAACUGGCUGCGAACAAGGCAAAGAAUCAAGAAAAGGUGAGCGUAUUGGAGAGGGCCUCUCUGAUAGAGGCAGCCGCGAUGAGGGCUGAGCUAGAGGCGCGAGUGACGAGAAUCACGGAAGAUCUGAGGAAGGCGGCCCAGAAUGAGGUUCACUCCACCACCCGUCGAGCCCUCCACGAAAACGAGGCUCUCACUCGGCAGCUGGAAGCUUUCAGGGAAAGACUCGCUGCUCUGAGAAGUGAAAAUCAAGAGCUACGAGAGAAAAUGUCGGAGGCCCAGGUUCGCGAAGGACUCCUGCAGGACACCCUGGCGCAGGUGACUGCGCGAGGGGAAAGGAGAGGUCGUCUCCUGCAGGUGGUGACACAUCGGGCAGAACAGCACUCGCACGUUUGGCGAGACUACGACCGACUUGCUCGAGAGAACGAACGCCUCCGGAGGGACUUGCAGGUCAUGCAAGCACAACUAGAUGCAAGCACGCAGGCAACCUGCGAAUUGCGCGAAAGAGCAGCGGAGAAGGACGUUGCCCUUGAGUUGACUGCCUCUCACCUUCGGCAGGAGGAUGCCGCUCGAAAGGGUCUACAGCAGACUGUAAAAGCAGCGCUGACCCUCCUUCACCACGCAGCUUUUCAGGAAGGCAAACCAGACGACGCAGACAACCAAGCCGCCAUCCUUCUACAGCUCGUGAACUUGCUUACAGCAGCUGAAAGAAUUCACAUCCAAGGAGUUGCAUCUGAACAACAGCCUGACACCAUUGCAGUCUCUGCACCGGAAGAGGAACCCCGAAAGCCAGAAGGAGACGCAGGGUCUGGACAAGUCAAAUACCAUGCUGGGGAUCUGGGACUCCUGCCACGUCCGCAGACGAGGAAAACUAAACAACAUUCCUCGUCAGCUGCAAAUGACAAAUCACAGUCUUCAGAUUAAAUGAGUCAGUGCCUUUUUGAAUAAAGUUCCUCACAUGUUUAUGCAUAGACUACACACCAGCAGUACGAAUAAACUCUGAGAAGAAAAUUAUCAUGGGAUUUUAUAAAAUUGGACAUUAUGGAUAUCAAACAGUCAUACUCUUCAAUUUAUGAUGUGUUAACAAAUUUGCAAGAUGUUGAAAAUAUAGAUAUAAAACUGGAAAUCUGUUUAAAAGCUUGGUACAACUCCAUUAGACUACUUUGCAAAACUACAGCCCGAGGCUUUGAGUCCCUCUUCAAAUUCUUUUCUAGUUCAUAAGCAUUCAAAUCAAUUUGAAUGGACCGGGGACUUCUUAGUAAAGUAACUGCGGUUUUUAAAAACAAAUAGAAAUGAAAAACAAAAUGAUUGGACAUAGAAAGGCUGCAAAACGCUGCAUCAAGAAAUACAUCUGAAACUGUAUAUCUUGUAUUGUAGUGUUUUGUCUUAACCAAUACUGGUGUACUUGUGGAAUUUUUACAGUGAAAUUGAGUCUUGUACUCUACUAUACUACACUGGAUUUCUUGAUAAUAAUAAUAAUGAUUUUGUUAGUUUACAACGCAUUCUAAAACCUCUGAUAAGGAUGCGAGGAUAAGGUCUAGUUCUCGUUUGAUAAAAGUGAAAU